AUGAACCAUUGCUCAGGUCUGGGGGUCACAGAUCCUGGAGGAUGCAUCGCUGAGCUCCCCAACAUCUCCAGUCUGGACAUCUCUGACAACGGUCUGGACUCUGACCUGUCCACUCUGCUGGUGUGGCUGGCCAAGAACCGAUCCAUCCGACACCUUUCACUGGGGAAGAACUUCAACAACAUCAAGUCCAAAAAUCUGGCCCCUGUCCUGGACAAUCUGGUUCAUAUGAUUCAGGAAGAGGAAUCGCCCCUGACGUCUCUGUCCCUGGCUGACUCUAAGCUGAAGACGGACCUGACCAUUGUGCUGAAUGCUCUGGGCAGCAACACCAGUCUGACCAGGGUGGAUAUCAGUGGGAACGCCAUGGGAGACAUGGGGAGGCUAAGAUGCUGGCCAAGGACGGUGAUCUGGGAUAAGAACAACAUCAGUCCUCAAGGUCUUCAGGAUGUAGCAGCUGCUCUGGAGAA